UUUAAUAAAAGGCAGCAUGGAUCAAAGCACCUUAACCACAAAACAUGGAAUUAUGUUAUGUGAGAUCUUAUCUGAUAUUUCCUUUUGAGAUUUGAUUUAAAACUUCUACUCAACUUUGAGCAGUUUUACGCCUACGAUGGCAGGGGUCCAGUACCUCCAGGAUUGCUCACUAAGAGCAAAGAUGCUUUUAAUCCUACUGGCUCUGCUGUCACUUGCCAAAUCAGAUGAUUCUGACCAUUCUGAAUGUAAGGAUAAAGAUUCAAUAAAUGUUUCGUGUUCCACACCUGGCAGCCAUAUGAUUGCAUCCCAAACAAUAGUUGUGUGUCCAUCAGACUGUUCAAAGGAAGAGGUGCAUGGAUCAGACAUCUAUACUGAUAAAUCUUCAAUCUGUGGAGCUGCAUUCCAUUCAGGAAUUAUUACAGAACGUGGGGGAGCAGCGUGUUUUAAGAAGACAUCAGGGAUACAUGAAUACCAUGGGACAACAAGGAACCAAAUCAGUUCUCUUGGACAUGGUCCCUGGUACGCUUCCUUUGUCGUCACACCACCACAUAAGGAUUUUAUAUUGACAGUUGAAGCUGACUGUAUUACAACAGUAAAUGAGAUUCCUGAAGGAACUGUGAAGUACGUAAGACAGCCCUCUGUAAAGAACACGCAAAUGUUGAUUUUCAAAACAUUUUUUGCAUCAUAUUAAAA